AUGGAUCCUUUUGAAAUCCUCUGGUUUUCUUGUGUGAUAGGACUCAAUGGUAUUCGUCGUUGGCUAAUCGGCUUAACAGGCAGUCUCGCAAUUGUGUCUUUGUGGCCUCAGAGUCGCUGGUCAUUAGGAACUGUCAUCUUAUGUGGCAGUCAAGAGAAGGAUAUUUUUGUCUGCUGCCCGACACAUUGUUCUCAAAACUCUCUCUUUGAAGAAUAUCUUUGCAUGUUUACCCGCCUGAAUAUCCUUUUCUUUAUUCGAAAAUCCAAAGAAGUUUGUGUAGCGCAAGGAGCUUGGCGUCUUCAUGCUGGGCAAAUAUUUACUCCCGUAGUCCCUGUCACCUCCCAGGGUAAGACGGCGACGUACCUCGUGGUGGCCCCGCGCCUGGUACGAGCCGGCCAGGUGUACCGGCUCGUGGUCAACAUUCUGGAACCUUCGCCUUCCCUCGUUGUCAGAGCCACCAUCUUCCGUGACAACAUUGAACUCGCUGCCGUUGAGCAUGAGUGUGAGAGCGACGCCCCGCAGGUCCUGGAGCUUAUGUGGCAACCCCCGUCGGCUGCACAGUACAAGACGAGUAAGAAAUUGGUUGUCUUUGUUCAGCAUGAGGAAUUGGUUGGAACAAAAAUAGAUGAGUUCGCUAGUGUCCGACUUACAUUUAUUGAUGUUCAGUCAAGUGAAGCCAUGUGGAAUAUUUUGAAGACUUCUGAACACGGUAAAACUGGCCGAAGAAUUCUUGUGAUUUUUCCUGAAAUUUUCGGAGAAAUAUACAUCCUUAUGAAAUAUAGAUAUGGCAAUCUAUCAAAGCACAUUGAACUGACACAGCAGUCCCCCAAGCUUGAUCUCAAACCGAGAUUCCCAGCUGAUAAAACUGGCAUCCUCAGUCCACUCCCCGAAGCCCAGAGACAACAGCCUCGCCAAAGGGUCCCCCCGGGCAGCUCAGGUGGCAAGUACAGACUCCGCCUCGAAGGGAACGCUCGGGGACUCACGGGCUCGGCCUUCACCAACGAGACGGUCCUGUCCUUCACUCCCAAGGGCGCGACGGUGCUGGUGACGGACAAGCCGGUGUACAAGCAGGCGACGUCGGUGGUGAGGUUCCGUGUGGUGGCGCUCGACACGGCCGUCAAGAUGGUGGAGGACUCGGUGGACGUCUUGAUCCUGAACCCGCGCGGCGUCCUCGUCAGGAGGUGGCUGUCCCGGCAGUGCCGCGAGGGCCCCGUCACCCUGGAGUUCCCCCUGAGCAGCGAGCCGGAGUACGGGGAGUGGACCAUCCGCGUCGAGGCGACCAACUCCUUCACGGAACACUCCUUCACGGUGGAGGAGUUUCACCGGCCGCGGUUCGAGGUCGAAGUCCGGGUUCCGUCCUUCCUCUCAGCGGACGCCAACUACCUCGAGGGCGUGGUGGUCGCCAACUACAGCUCGGGGGCGCCCAUCUCCGGAAACGUGACCGUGAGAGCAGCCGUGCGACCGGUGGGAAGGCAACCCUACGCCAAGUACGGACUUUGGGACUUUGGGCUCAGGGCUAUGGUUUGCCCCGGCCAACCAGACCGUGCAUUUUUGAAUGAAUUACCCUCAAGUGAAAUGACCUACCUGUUCGCAGGCGUGUUCCCCUUCAAGUUCCGCAUGUCCGACUUCGAGGACCUGGUGGCGCAGACGGAGGGGACGGAGGUGCGCGUGACGGCGACGGUGGGGGACGCCUACUGGGACGUGGCGCAGAGUGGCUUCUCCUCCACCAGGAUCUUCAGCGCGUCCAUCAACCUCGAGUUCCUGGGAGACUCGCCGCAGGUCUUCCGGCCGGCGAUGCCCUUCAAGUUUUACCUCUCAGCCACACAGCAAGACGGCUCCAAGAUUCCCGAAUGGCGCUUAGCUCGACACAGGCUCCUCGUGACGCCUGAAGUGACACUGAACACCGGCGAGAGGAGGAAGCUCAUAUCAAGGACCGUCAAGAUGAUCCACAUGCGCUACGCCCUCUGGCAGGCGGAGAUAGACCUACAUGCUGAACUCGCGGACGUCGAGGUGGAACUCGAAGUCUCGUCCUUGAGGUUUAGACGCAGAGCUGAAGGAUUCCUCGGGUCUCGCUCCUACGCCUCCUUGGUCAGCGUCGCCCACCACUCGCCGAAGGGAAGGCAUCUGCAGGUGACGACGAGCACCAGGAACCCCAAGGUUGGAGAAUACGUCAUUCUCCACGUCAGGAGUAACUUUUACCUGGAGAAAUUCCGUUAUAUUCUCCUUAGUAAAGGCAUGGUGAUUGAGGCCGGACAGCAGAGUAUGGAGGCGUCCCUGAGGACCUUCCCCCUUCCCCUGACGCCGGAGCUGGCAGGACUCGCGACGGUGGCGGUCUUCUCAGCUGGCAGGGACGGUGACCUCGUGGCCGACGCCUUGACCUUCCCGGUGGACGCCCUCACGAGAAAGGGCCUCGGCGUGUCCAUGGAGCAGCAGGCGGAGACCCAGGCGAUGAAGGUCACGGUGAACGCGCUCCCUGGCAGUCGGGUGGCACUGGCAGGCUCCCACUGGGCUUCGUAUAGCAUGCAGGCCGGGAACGACCUGACGCACGCCAUGACGUCCUGCACCUGCCGAGGACUUCGCGCAGGGAAGGUGGACCCCAACGACACCUUCUCAUACGCCGACUUGGUGGUGUUGUCGGAUGGAGUUGUGCCGACCUUCGCCACCUCGUGUGCGGGCGGGCCUGGUCAACGCCCGUGUCUCCUGGGAGGUUGUUAUAACCAGGUGGCCGAGUGUGAUACGAAGUACGAUUGUCCGGAUAGGAUUGACGAACGCGGUUGUCCUCUCCGCAAGUCGGUCACAGGGGACAAAGUGGCGUACCGACAGAAGCGCUCCAGCCGACUCAGCCGACACUACUCCACGCCCUGGAUAUGGGAGGAAGUGAUCAUCGGCGAGUCGGGCAGUGCCACUCUGACGGUGCCCAUCCCUUCUGGCACCUCCCACUUGGCCCUCACCGCCUUCAGCCUGCACCCGGAGCAAGGCAUGGCGAUUCUGCCGGAGCCCGUGCAGUGGCGAGGGUCCCCCGGCUUCUGGCUGUCGGUGGAGGCUCCUGGGCGCGUGGGCGUGUGGGAGCAAGUGGGCGUGAGGGUGACGGCUGUCAAUCACCACCGCUUCCCCAUCAACGCAAUCAUUGUGUUGGCGAAUAACCCGGCUUACAAGUUUGUGAAGGUUGACGGCUUCGAUGCGGUGGAUCCCUCCAGCGGCCACGUCCAGCGCAGAAUGGUGGCCGGAGAGCACGAGCACGCCGUAGAAGUCGCCGCAGGAGAGACCCACACCCUGUACUUGCCGAUCGUGCCCGUGCAGCUCGGGGAAAUCACAGUCAUCGUGCAGGCGUCGCUGCCGGGGACCAAGCUGCAGAAGGAGAUCACGCUCUUUGUUGAGCCCCAAGGUGCCGCCCAGGAGUUCCACACUUCCCUCCUUCUCGACCUGAGUAACCGCGCCUAUUUCUUCACCUUCUUGGACGUCAACAUGUCUGACAGUCACGUGCCAGGCUCUGAUCACGCCCACGUCGCUGUUUUCGGGGACACUGUGGGCGCCGUCGUUCCUGAUACGCCCGCGACGGCUCAGACGCUCCUGGGGCUUCCCACGGUCGGCUGCGAGCCCGUGGUGUUCAGCUUCCUGACGACCGUGCUGCAGAUGCGCCACUGGAGCGAGCUGAAGCAGGAGCCGGCCAUCAACCAGCGGGAGGUGUUCCGACGCCUGGCGCUCCUGUACCAGACCCUGCUCGCGUACCAGACGAGGGAGGGCGGCUUCAAGUAUUUCAGAACGAGCCAGACGCCUUCCGUGUGGGUGACGUCACUCGUCAUCCGGGCUCUGAACGAGGUGUCGGUCAACUGGUCGCAUUUGCUCUACGUGGAUCCUCAGGUCACCGACAAGGCUCUAAGAUACGUCCUGGGUCAACAAGCUCGACACGGCGCCUGGUGGGAGCCGAGUGGGGAAGUGGGCGACAGGAAGCUCGUCCCGUCUCAGUACUCCCUCACGAGCGAAACCACCCACGCCCUCAACCUCUCCACCACCGCCCACACGAUGCUGAAUCUCGUGGCGUUGACGGAGCUUCCCUCGCCGCUGGACGAGCGAGUGAUGGAGGCGGUGGCCCGAGGCGAGGGCUGGCUCGAGGAGAACCUCCCCCUCGUAGGUCGAGUGUCACGUCCUCUCGAAGUCUCCCUCGUGGCCCUGGCGCUCCACCUGACCCACUCCGCCCACGCCGACACCGCCUUCGGGAUCCUCACCCGAAACGCCCGACAGGAAGUCAAAUACGUCUAUUGGGGCGAAGACCUUGUACCUUUACCCUCCUACCGCGUGGAAUCCCAACGCCCGCACCUGCAGCCACGCCGCCCACAUCGCCAUGACGCAGGCAACGUCGCCGCCACCGCCUACGCCCUCAGGUUGUACUCGGAUCGCGGGGAGGUCAUGACGCCCAGCAUCGUCAGGUGGCUUCAGUCGCAGCGAGGACAUGAUGGCGGGUGGAUGUCGACGAUUCCCCUCGCGGCGUGGGAGGCUCUCUACGAAUAUUCGGAGCGUGAGAGCAGAUUCCACGACACGCAGCUGACGGUUUCGGUGGAGCCUCUGCACGACCACACGGAGGCGAGGACGUUCUUCAUCACGCCGGACAACCUGCUGCACCUCCAGACGCAUCAGGUGGGCGGCUGGUGGCGCAGCGUGCGGGUGCAGGGCAAGGGGCGCGGGGCGGCCGUCCUGCAGCUCACCUCCAAGUACCACGUGUCCGACGCCAGCGCCCUCCUGGCGGCCCCGACGGCGGCCUUCCACCUGCGCACGCGGGCCACCUGGCACGGACACAACGGCUCGGCGCUCACCUUCACCACCUGCACGCGCUGGCUGUUCCAGGAGGCCAGCGACGCCUCGGGGGUGGCCGUGCUGGAGGUCACCGUGCCCACCGGCUACGGCGCCUCCGCCUCCGCCCUGCAGGACUACGUGGCCUCCAGGGCCGUCCCCAACCUCCGCCGCGCCGACUUCCACCAGAGGAAGGUCACCUUCUACUUCGAAAAGCUGAUGGCGACUGACACCUGUGUUGAAUUCUCGGUGGAAAGAUGGUUCCCUGUGGCUAAUUUAACAAAGGUUCUCCCUGUGAAAGUAUAUGAGUAUUACUCUCCAGAACUAUACCAAGUCGAGCUCCUCGACAUGUCGUCAGUCACCCUGGACAUAUGCCAAGUGUGCGGGUCGUACCAGUGCCCCAACUGCCCCAUUCUCUCGUACUACAGCAGCCCCGCCUCCUCGCCCCGCCCCCUUCCUCACCUGCAGCUCCUCGUGGUGUUCGUGACGUCAUUACUCACCCUGGCGGCACACUUGGCACCGAGCUGAUCCUCACCCUGGGCCUAGUCAUCCCCCUGGGGCCCUCGAGGAGAGAGGGCCACAGGGCGCGCGCGCGUAUGCCUAAGAGAACUCAAGCUUCGAGUGUGUUUCGUAAAUCAAACCGUUUGGCCAGUGAAGCUAAAGGGAAGUUCGUGAAGUUCCAGUGAAGUUCCAGUGUCCUUUUUUUUAGAGGGAGUGUUAGUGUUCAAGGAGAGAAACGUUUUCGCUCUUUCACGAUGGAAAAAGAAGCAACUUUCGCUUUGCUAUAAGGCCAAAGAUGAUGAAUAAAGACAAUCUGCAACACUGCAAGUCAAGUGCUUUCAAAACUGUUGCUGGAUUAUCAUGACGCUGUUUAACAGUAAACAUAAAAAGAGAAAGAAAAUAAUAAAAGAAAAAACGGGAAUUAGCGAGUGGUGCAUUUACAACAGUGCUAUGAUGCUCUUCCCAAAUAGUGAGUGAGUGUAAAGACGUUUUGACGAAGAAAGAAAAGAAAUGAAAAAAACACACCUCUUGACAACCCUUUGUAAGAGAAAAUAACACAUAUUUGAACUACUAAUUGCAAGCAAGUUUGUAUGAAAUGCGUGUUUAGCAGGAAACAAAAAAGGGUAACGACGAACAAACACAAAUAUUAACAUUUCAAACAAGCAUUUAUAUGAUGCCCUGGAUUCGUACCUCCUUUCCAUGUUUAUAAAUAAUUCAUAGGUGUUCUAAUUUGCUACGACAAGACUGGAUGACCCUCUGUGUAUCUGUGUCCCUUCAGAAUCACAAGAUCUUUUUUUUUAAGACCGGGAAGAGGCGAGGAAUGUUGUUUGAAAAGAAAACGACCAUUUCUUUUUUCCUUUUAAAUCACACUUCAAGAAGCCACUGCGUACGUGCGUUUCGGUGUAAGAAAAUGUAAGAAGAAAGAUUUACGACUUCUAGUUUUAUGUAUAGGUAUAUUAAUUAAAGAUCUGUUUGGGAGGCAGACAGAUGACGUAAUAAUUAGCUUGCAUAAUUCAGAGUUCCAGAUUUUUGAAUAGUUUAAUCCAAGACAAAACAUUGGGAAAUAAUCACAUGUUCCGGCCACUAAAUUAUUUUUUUCUAUGUAAUGUAUUUCUCCGGUAGAUUUAUUGUAUUUGUACAUAUACGUAUACACAUGCAUACAUACUCAUAUAUCUACAUACAUAAAUACAUACACAUAGACAUACAUAUAUACAUCUAUAAUUUUAUA